AUGGAAGGUUGGCUUUAUACCAUCCGACAUAACCGGUUUGGCCUUCAAUUUUCCCGUAAACGAUAUUUUGUUCUUCUCGACAACAACCUUACAAGCUUUAAAUCUGUACCAUCCGAUGAAAACGAGGAACCGGACAGAAGAGCAUCUCUAGAUUGCUGUAUUCGGGUCACCGACAAUGGUAGAGAGAGUUUCAAUAGGAAGAUCCUUUUCAUAUUUACUCUUUACAACACUUCGAACCAUUUGGAUGAACUAAAGUUGGGAGCAAGUAGUCCUGAAGAAGCAGCCAAAUGGAUCCGAUCAUUGCAAGAUGCUUCACAAAAGGGAUCACAGUUUCCGGAUUGCGAGUUUGUAUCUCAUGCUGAGAAGGGACUUGUGAAGCUUGAUGUAUCAAAGAGGUCACGCCGCAAAAACUCAGUGGACUGGACAAAUUACUCAUUAUCGAAUGUUGAGAGGACAAGUGACUCAUCAUCAUCACUGAAUGUUGAAACAGUAGCAUCUGAUGUCAUUGCACCUUCUCCUUGGAAAAUCUUUGGAUGCCAAAACGGUUUACGCCUUUUCAAAGAAGCUAAAGACUGGGAUUCUCGUGGAAGGCAUUGGGAUGAUCAUCCAGCAAUAAUGGCGGUUGGGGUCAUUGAUGGUGCUUCAGAGGAUAUCUUCAACACUUUAAUGUCUCUCGGUCCCUUACGAUCAGAAUGGGACUUCUGUUUCUACAAAGGCAGCGUGGUGGAGCAUCUUGAUGGACACACAGAUAUUAUUAAUAUCCAGAUGUACAGUGAUUGGUUGCCAUGGGGCAUGAACCGAAGAGACUUGUUGCUUCGACGCUACUGGAGAAGGGAAGAAGACGGAACAUAUGUGAUACUUUGCCACUCUGUCUAUCACAAGAAUUGCCCACCAAAUAAAGGAUACGUUCGUGCUUGUGUCAAAAGUGGUGGUUAUGUGAUCACUCCGGUAAGCAAAGGCAAGCAAUCAGUAGUGAAGCAUAUGGUAGCCAUUGAUUGGAGAAGCUGGAACUUAUACAUGAGGCCAGCUUCUACAAGAUCCAUAACCAUCCGUGUGGUUGAGAGGCUUGCAGCAUUACGCGAGAUGUUCAAAGCAAAGCAAGGACACGGCUUCACUGAGUUUGUCUCAGGCGAAUUCAUGGAAACCAAUUCCUGCUUGUCCAAGAUCAACACUACUAGACCCCUUAAAACAGAAGCCAAAAGGAUUGAUAAAGAUCUUGUCAAGGUUGAGGAUUUUGAGAAACCUUCUGAAGCACGUAACAGUUUGAUGGACUUGAACGAUGCCUCUGACGAGUUUUUCGACGUUCCUGAGCCUACUGAGUUUGAUAGCCUGAUUGAUAACUCUCCGUUUUCGCAAGGAAAUUCUCAGGUCAAGAUAUCACCAUCUGGUAUUGUCAAGAAACUUCAAGACCUAGCCAAUAACAAGAAAGGCUAUAUGGAUUUACAAGACUUGGGUAUCGAUGAAAAGAGCACAUUUUUCUAUGGAGCCACUCUUCAGAAAGACCCAAAUCUUUCUCAGCCUUGUUCUUGGUCUGUCGCGGAUCCAUCCACAUUCUUGAUUCGCGGAAGCAAUUAUCUAGAAGAUCGCCAAAAGGUAAAGGCAACAGACACAUUGAUGCAAAUGAUUGGAGCAGACUGGAUCAGUUCUGAUAAACGAGAAGAUGAUCUUGGUGGACGACUAGGCGGUCUAGUUCAAGAAUUCGCUGCCAAAGGAGGUCCUGAGUUUUUCUUCGUUGUAAACAUACAGGUCCCUGGUUCGGCUAUGUACAGUCUAGCAUUGUACUAUAUGCUGAAAACUCCAUUGGAAGAGCAUCCUUUGCUAAAGAGUUUUGUGGAUGGUGACGAUGCUUAUCGAAACUCGCGUUUUAAGCUCAUCCCUCAUAUCUCCAAAGGUUCAUGGAUUGUGAAACAGAGUGUUGGCAAGAAGGCUUGCUUGGUGGGUCAGGCACUUGAAGUUCGUUACACCCGCGGCAAGAACUACUUGGAGCUUGACGUUGAUGUUGGAUCUUCAACUGUUGCAAGAGGAGUAACCAAUCUUGUUCUUGGGUACCUUAACAAUUUGGUUAUAGAAAUGGCUUUUUUGAUACAGGUAAGGGCAAACUAA